AUGAUAACACUCUUAUUUUACCUGUGCGUAGUAUGUAACGCAAUAGUGUUAAUAAGGGCUGAUUCGAUAGCGGACCCUUGGCCUGAAGCGCAAGAUCUACUAUAUAGUUUAACUAAGUCCAGAGACCCAAUGAAAGAAGCUGCUAUGGAACCUAAUGCAGAUGAAUUUGUCGGAUUUUAUGUACCGAUGGAUUAUUCUCCACGUAACGAGGAAAAAAACUAUCAGAGCAUUUGGCAAAACGAAAUCACAGAUCCCCAACGUUAUAUUUAUGAUCUACUUGUGCAAUCUAGUGAACAAUUCAACAACUCAGAAGCGACAUAUACCCUUAGCCAAAUUCAUCUCUGGAAUCAAUAUGAUUUCCCGCAUAAUAUGACUUUGGCACACAAAUACUUAGAAAAAUUCAAUAAUUUGACUCAUUUCACCAACCAUUCCGCCAUCUUCGACUUAGCUGUAAUGUAUGCCACUGGAGGAUGUGCUUCUAGCAACGGUCGAACCGUACUCCCUCAGAAUUCUGCUAAAGCGUUGCUCUAUUAUCAAAGGGCUGCCCAACUUGGAAAUUUAAAAGCUAAACAAGUAUUAGCUUAUAAAUACUAUUCCGGCUUCAACGUCCCCCGAAAUUUUCAUAAAUCUUUGGUAUUGUAUAGGGACAUUGCUGAAGAGCUGAGAAAUUCGUAUUCCAGAGACGAAUGGGACAUUGUCUUCCCUAAUUGGGAAAGUUAUAACGUGAGAAUAUCAGAUUUUGAGAGCGGUUUACUAGGAAAGGGUUUAAAUUCCGUUCCAUCUUCCACGGUAAGGAAAAGAACUACAAGACCAGAUAUUGGUUCACCCUUCAUUGCACAAGUUAAUGGUGUACAGAUGACUUUACAAUUUGAGCCGAUGGGCAGGUUCGCUUUCAACGGUAACGACGGCAACAUAAACAGUGACGAAGAUGACGAAGAUGCCAGUGAAAGAAGAAUUAUUCGGAUAUAUUAUACAGCUCUGAAUGAUUACAAAGGGACUUAUUCUCAAAGCAGAAAUUGUGAGCGCGCUAAGAACCUGUUAGAAUUAACGUACAAGGAAUUUCAACCUCAUGUGGACAACCUGGAUCCUUUACAAGGCUUUUACUACGUCCGUUGCUUACAAUUAUUGGGGCACAUGUAUUUCACCGGCGAAGGCUCCUCGAAGCCUAAUAUAUCUAUGGCUGAAGAGAUUUUGGCCAUGUCGCUAGAAAUAAGCAAAAGAGUAGAGGGGCCUAUAGGUAGAGCAUGCAUAGAUCUGGGCUUAAUAAACCAAUACAUCACGAACAAUGUUUCCCAAGCAAUUUCUUAUUACAUGAAAGCUAUCAAAACACAGGCCAAUAAUGGGAUCGUAGAAUUUCAAUUAUCCAAAUUGGCCACUUUAUUCCCUGAAGAGAAAAUCGGCGACCCUUUCAAUUUAAUGGAAACUGCAUACUUGAAUGGGUUUAUCCCAGCUAUAUAUGAGUUUGCAGUAAUGGUCGAAUCUGGAAUGAACAGUAAAAGCAGCGUGGAAAAUACCGCUUACCUGUUCAAGACAUUCGUUGAUGAAAACGAAGCUAUUAUGGCACCGGAAUUGAGGACGGCAUUCGCCGAAUUGAUCAACGAUCGUUCUGAAGUGGCUUUAUGGGCGUAUUCCCAACUGGCCGAGCAAGGGUACGAAACUGCUCAAGUCUCUGCCGCCUACUUAAUGUACCAGUUGCCAUAUGAGUUUGAGGAUCCUCCAAGAACUACAGAUCAGAGAAAAACCUUGGCAAUUUCCUACUAUACGAGAGCGUUUAAACAGGGAAAUAUAGAUGCCGGUGUUGUCGCGGGAGAUAUCUAUUUCCAGAUGCAGAAUUACAGUAAAGCUAUGGCUCUUUAUCAGGGCGCCGCUUUGAAGUAUUCUAUACAGGCCAUCUGGAACCUAGGAUACAUGCAUGAGCACGGGCUAGGUGUUAACAGAGACUUUCAUCUUGCUAAGCGUUACUAUGACCAAGUGUUGGAACACGAUCAUAGAUUUUACUUAGCUUCCAAAUUGAGUGUUUUUAAAUUACACCUAAAGUCAUGGUUGACUUGGAUCACUAGGGAAAAAGUGAACUAUUGGGCACCUUCUUUACCUCCUAAUACUAACGAAGAUACUCGAAACCCAAAGACCUCGUGGUACAAGCAAUUGACGAACAUUUUACAAAGAAUAAGACACAAAGAGGGUAGUGAAAGAGCUGCAGAAGAUUCUCACAAACACAGAACUGUCGUACAAAAUGGUGCUGCCCAUAGAGAUGAGAACCAAGAGGAUGUUUCUGAGAUUUUGGGCUUCCAAAUGGAAGAUCUCAUUACGAUGGGAUGUAUCUUAGGAAUAUUCUUACUAAGUAUACUAAUGAGUACACUGGCGGCCCGUAGAGGCUGGAAUGUGCGUUUCAAUGGUGCCCAGUUAAACGCAAAUGGUAACCAGCAGCAAGAGCAGCAACAACAAGCACAAGGCCCCCCGGGCUGGGACUUCAACGUGCAGAUAUUUGCCAUAUGA